AUGCUAUGGUCAGUGCUGUUUCUCCUGGUACUCGCUAUCGCACACACGGCGGGAGUUCCGUCGACAUGGACAGGUUUACCAGAGCGUUGUAAACUAUUGAAGACCAGUAUACAAGUUCAUGGGGACGAAAAUGACGGGACAAGGACUCGAACUCGACUACGACGUCGAGCCACCACGGAGACCAAAAUGGAAAUGCAAGAAGAGGACAACGGAUUCGAGAUCCGAGUUCGUCGAGCAGUGGAUGGGAUUAUGGUCAGUGGCUGGUACGAACCGGGACGGGAGUAUAUUGUGACUUUGACUAACCGAUUACAAAUGAUCGGUUUUCGUGAUGCGAUUUUGUGGAUGGAACCGGGGACGGAUGAGGCCGAGAUGAAAAUGGGUAUGAUGCCUGGGAUGCAAAAGUCAGUCACAGUUAGUCCGGAAGUUCGCAACUUGACUAACCGUUGCAACAGUUAUCCGCAACGAUUAGGUCAAUGGAUUCCCAUGACCGGGGGAUAUUUAUCAAUGCAAAUACGUCCCGGUUGUCGCGGUGCCACGGUUGAACGACAGGGUCAAAUACGAUCCUGGGUCACGCACCUGGUACUCCGUUGGCGAGCUCCCAAAGAAUUCACUCUACCGGACGAGUGUGGAGGGACGACAGCGAAAGAUUUGGGCUGUGUGACAAUUCACGGUGCCGUACGUGUCCGCGGUGGUUAUAACAGCCUCUAUGGAAACGCAGGUGGACUAAUGAAGACCCUGUGUCCCGAUACAUCCCGUCCGCCUAGUCCAGUACUGCCGGCCUACAUGGUCGCAUCACCUAUGGAAUCUGGGCGAAAGUCAACGGAACACAAGGCUAACAAACUGAAAUCCAAUUAUCACUCAGCACCAAUGCACAAAAUCUCACCCAAAAGCACCAUGAACAUGGACAUUAUGCAACCGCAGGACUGUUGUGCAUGUGGAACGGCCACAUACAAUCUGACGUUUCAGGGAUUGUGGACUAGAGAAACGCAUCCUCGUGAUUGGCCCGUGCACAAUCCAGGCCUAUUGCAUUGGACCAAUCUGAUUGGAGCUAGUCACAUGCCAAGCUACCGAAUUUAUCAGUUCGGUGAGCCUGCCAGUGCCGGGGUUUCCGCGGUCUGCGCUUACGGCGAUACGACAGUGCUCAAGCAGUCCUUAACCAUGGCCGCGGCAACCGCAGGCAGUUCUGGGUCAGUGAGUAGUGUGCCCACGGGGACACAACGAGGCGCGAUCGGUAUCGGUCCGUUGCACAGUUUGAUCUCCACUCCCGGAAUGUGGAGUGAGGCCACGCUGAAUGAGUCCCGUUCGACCCUCGUGGGUGUGAAUCGCACGCAUCCACUAAUCUCGUUUCUCACCAUGCUAGGACCAAGUCCAAACUGGUGCGCCGGUGUGGCCAGCCAGUCAGUGUGUCAGGCUGAUUGUACAUGGGUGAAACAUUUGGAGAUUGAUCUGUUCCCGUGGGAUGCCGGAGUUCGACACGGAGACACAUACGUGCCGAAAAAUGCGGAUCGUAAGGAUGUUCCUGAUCCCAUUCGGUACAUCACUGCGGACUGGAUGCCCAAUCACCCAUUCACACCAAACAAACCCGUUGCUCGAGUAACCCUGGAUCGUAUUCUGCCCAAAGAAUCUUGGCAGUGUGUUUCCGACGUGGAAAAAUGUGUCGAAAUGUUCCGAGCCGAUGGGAACACAGAAGCUGUCGGCUGUACAAAAAGGGACAUUGCCAAAUCACAGGAUGCGGGCACGGGUGGUCGACUGGACAACUCUCUGGCGGCCGAUAUCAGUUCGGGAACGCUGCCGAAAAAAUCGCGGUCGAAGUCGGGCGGAGGUGGAGGAGGGUCCGGCGGGAGUGGAGGUUUAGACCAAGGAAAUCCUCUUUCAGACCCGAGUUUGGCCCAAAUGGCCACAUUUUUGUGCAUCACGGAUGGUUGGUCUGCUUGGAGUCAAUGUUCCGUUACGUGCGGGGUCGGAAAACGGGAACGACGAAGAACUAUGUUGUUGAACAAAAAGAAUGAGCUUUGUCAACAUGUUCCACUGAGAGAGGAAGAACCUUGUGAAGGCCGUAAACGAACCUGUGACUUCAGCUCACCAUGCAGUCUGCUUCCGUGGACCGAAUGGACCCCAUGCAACGCCACGUGUGCAAAUCGGAACGGGUUACAAACACGACGACGCUAUUUGGCUCGACCCGCUGAGCGUACAGAAUGUGUGCAUUUGUUCAAACUUCCGGAUGAGCGAGCCAUGGGCAUGGUCUUCGAAGAACGUCAAUGCGGACCGACCGAUAACGAGUGCGAUCCGGUCACUAUCUGUGGUGAAGGUCGUAAAGAUGGUAUCCCAUGCGGUAAGAAGGUCCGGGUUUAUCACUACAGUGCCGUCGAUCACGCCUGUAUGCCUUUCGACUACCUGGGCUGUAAAGGUGGACGGAAUCGAUUUGCGACCAAGGAACUUUGUGAGAGAACUUGUUUGAAGGCAGUGGAAAGCUUGCCCGGCUGGCGUCGGGAAAGAAUGGCUCUGUUACAAUAUCAAACAUCACAGCUGGCGUCGGACGAGGAGAACGGUGGUCGAAAAAAGGACAUGAAACCGGCAAAGCAUUGCACCGAGCAAAUGGAUACAGGUGUUUCCUGUGACGAUGGAGUGACCCAACCAUCAGUGAGGUGGUACUAUUCGCCACGUACCAGACGUUGCUUCGAAUUUGUUUAUCUGGGUUGUGGUGGCAACGGAAAUCGAUAUGACAACUACACCACCUGCAUCGCGGACUGUAUGCCAGAAGAAUGGGAACGAUCACAACAGAUGGCCAAAGCACUGGCAGCCACAUCAAAAGCAACGGACUAUCGUGAUGGUGCAUCUGGUUAUGAUGCGCAACGUGAGGACGUCGCUGAGGAUCCGCUGAGUGCGUCCGAUGUCAAACAGCUCAGCAGUUUGUGGGGUCCGAGGCAAGAUUGUCAGUUGACAGCUUGGGGAGGAUGGAGUCCGUGUUCGGCGGAAUGCCGACACCAGACAGGAACCCAGAUCCGCUGGCGACAUAUUGAACGGCCUCCACGUCAUGGAGGUACGCCCUGUGGUAUGCUGUUUGAAAAGCGUAGCUGUCGCGGAACCAUGUGUUGA